CUGUGCUGAAUCCACUCACUUCUACGGCGGCAAGAAGCCAGAUGUUCCACAAACAAAUUUUCGCCGUUUACCUUUUGACCACUGUAGCCUCUCUCUGCAGCCCUUCGCCUACCCGGUCUGCACCCCUGAAGGCGUCGUCUUUGACCUGCUAAACAUUGUCCCAUGGCUGAAGAAGUACGGGACCAACCCCAGCAACGGAGAGAAACUCGACGGGAGGUCCCUGAUCAAACUGAACUUUGCCAAGAACAAAGAAGAUAAAUACCAUUGUCCGGUGCUGUUCACCGUCUUCACCAACAACACUCAUAUCGUGGCCAUCAAGACGACCGGCAACGUCUAUGCCUACGAGGCCGUGGAGGAGCUGAACAUCAAGGCCAAGAACUUACGAGACCUGCUGACCGACGAGCCCUUCACCCGGCAGGACAUCAUCACCCUGCAGGACCCCACCAAUCUGGACAAGUUCAACGUCUCCAACUUCUUUCACGUGAAGAAUAACAUGAAGGUGAUAGACCCAGAUGAAGAAAAGGCCAAACAGGACCCGUCUUACUAUCUGAAAAACACCAACACCGAGACCCGGGAGACCCUGCAGGAGCUCUACAAGGAGUUCAAAGGGGACGAGAUCCUGGCGGCCACCAUGAAGGUCCCGGAGAAGAAGAAAGUGGACAAGCUGAACGCCGCGCACUACUCCACGGGGAAGGUCAGCGCAUCCUUCACCUCCACCGCCAUGGUCCCCGAGACCACGCACGAAGCAGCCGUCAUCGAAGAGGACGUGCUGCGCUACCAGUACGUGAGGAAGAAGGGUUACGUGCGGCUGCACACCAGCAGGGGCGACCUCAACCUGGAGCUACACUGUGACCUGACGCCGAAGACCUGCGAAAACUUCAUCAAGCUUUGCAAGAAGGGGUACUACGACGGCACCGUGUUCCACAGGUCCAUCAGGAACUUCGUGAUCCAGGGCGGAGACCCCACUGGCACAGGCACGGGCGGGGAGUCGUUCUGGGGAAAGCCGUUCCGAGAUGAAUUCCGGCCCAACCUCUCGCACACGGGCCGGGGCAUCCUCAGCAUGGCCAACUCAGGGCCCAACAGCAACAAGUCCCAGUUCUUCAUCACCUUCCGCUCCUGCGCCUACCUGGACAAGAAGCACACCAUCUUUGGACGGGUCGUCGGGGGCUUUGACACGCUGACAGCCAUGGAGAACGUGGAGAGCGAUCCCAAAACCGACCGCCCCAAGGAGGAGAUCCGCAUCGACGCCACCACAGUGUUCGUGGACCCCUACGAGGAGGCCGACGCCCAGAUCGCAGAGGAGCGCAAGAAGACGCAGGUCGAGGCGGCCCCAGAGGCCAAAGCGAAGAGCAGCCAGCCGGCACCAGGGAGCCAGGGCCCGCAGACCUACCGCCAGGGGGUGGGCAAGUACAUCAACCCGGCAGCCACGAAACGAGGGGCAGAGGAGGAGCCCUCGACCAGCGCCACCAUCCCUACGGCCAAGAAGAAGCCCAGCCGCGGCUUUGGGGACUUCAGCUCCUGGUAGCAGCCGCUGUCGCUCCGCACCCUGCCCCCGACCAUGGGACGAGCAGAGGCAGCACCACGGCCGCCCUCGCAGGAGCUCCCCGACCCCGAAUGGCCCCUGGCGCCCGGAUUCCUGCCGCGCGUGUCCUUCCACCUCGAGCACGGCCUCGGCGACAGCAGCCAGUCUCAGCGGAGGCGGGUGACAAGGACGCUUUAUUCCUGAACCGCACACGCAGGGCCAAGAAGGGCUGGGGCCUGGCCGUCCCCGGGCCCCGCCGUCUGUCCAGGCUCACCCAGCUCUUUCCUGCCGCAGGGGACAGCCUGCAUCCUCACCACGCCCCCCGCGGCAGAAGGGCCCCUGACAAAGGACAGUCCAGAGCUUCCAGUUUUCUAGGUGUCGGACCACGUGCAUUUAUAACCCGACGUCAUCAGGCACAGUAAAGGACUUUGGAAAAAUUCUCGUUUUUGACCCUUCCUCUUAUCUGACAGAUGCCACCAAGAAUAAGCUUUAAGGUAUAAAAAUAUUAUGUCUGUACAGAGCUACAUCUAAAAACAGCAAAACCACAUUUCUAAAACCAGCAUUCUGUGCUGAAAACCAGUCCACCAUCCCAGUUAAAUGCAUGUCUAAUUCUGGCAUCACCGCCCGGUGUUUUCAAGGAAAAAAUACCUUAAAUAAUUUAAAUAAAAGUCACAGGGUAUUUAUUGUUGAGGAAUUGAAGAGGGUGGAACAUUCCAGCUCAUCUGGUUAUGGUCUCGUGACUAUCACUUCCCUGAAGCCAGCUCACGGUCAGUUCAUUUGGUUUAAGAAGGAGCUUAUGGUUCACAGAAAAUCACCAACAAAAACGUGAGAAAAGUUUUGUUGGUAGCAAUUACAAAAAAAAAAAAAAA